AGAAAACUACGGAAAUCGUAGUCAAAGAAGCGACCUGUCCCACGACUUUGAGGUUAGCAGCAGCUGCAGCUCUUUUGACCUUCCUUCUACAGCAAAUUCUCUCAAAAUGGCUGGACGCUUGUUUGCAAGUUAUUGGGCUAAGGUUGGCCCUUACUACACAAAGGCUUACCAAGAGGUGUGGGUCGGUCUGGGCAUCAUGGGGUACUUGUACUACAAAUUAUCCUAUGGAGGUAAGUGA